AUGGUGAACAACUACAGCAUGCUCAUCCACCCGAGAACUUGCCGAAAGCGGAUAAUUACUGCCGGAAGCGAGGUCUUGGAAGCGGCAGCUAUAGGAGAUGCAAGCAUAUCAACAGAUUACAGGGAAAUCUCCCUACAAAAUGUAUUGUAUGUGAAGCAUCUUAAUGUUAACCUUCUGUCAACGAAUUCAUUAACGGAUGAAGGAGCACAAGUGAUAUUGGACACAACCGGUGGUCAAAUUUUUCUAACAAACGGCAUGACACUUAAGAUUGCAAAGAAUCGCGAGCGAGGACUUUUGGAGUUCCGAGGCGACACAUGGCAAGAAAGCGCGAUGGCCACAUCAGCACCAUUGUUUGAAGGUGUUGAUGAGGAGUUCAAGCAUAUUAAGAAUGAGCCGAAAGUUUCAAAGCAACAACUAUGGCAUGAGCGUCUUGGACACCCAGGAAGAGAUAAAGCUAAGGCGAUCACGAGCAAGUUAAAAGAUAAGCAUACCAUGAAAUUGGAUCCAAACACUGCUCUGACAUGUGAGCAGUGCAUACGAUCCAAGAGCACAAGCGCUCGGAUGGGGAAAGGUAGCGGCGAAAGAGCCGUAGGGCCCCUGGAUCUUAUCCACGUCGAUCUAAUAAUAGACUCGUCCCAUGUGACGGAGUACACAUGCAUGUUGGUGCUGGUCGACGAUCAUAGCAAGUAUGUGUAUGCACAGCCAUUGACACGAAAGAGUCAUGCGUUUAUGCAACUCAAAAGGAUUGUUUCGUUCCUGGAGACACAGACGGAUCGGAAGCUAAAAGCGAUCCGAUCCGAUCAAGGAACGGAAUGGAAAAGCAAUGAUGCAUUAGAAUGGUCGCUAGAAAAGGGCAUAGAGUGGCAAACCACUGUAGGGUACAACAGCAAACAAAAUGGACGGGUAGAGAGAAUGAACAGGACCCUUGGAGAGAAGAUGAGAACGUUGCUAAUGCAGAGGAGACUACUGAAGAAGUUCUGGCCAUACGCGAUCAGAGCUGCAGCGUUCAAAAUAAACCUCACUCCGAGCAUUGAUAAUGAAUUCCCUUAUCAAGCAAUGUUUGGCAAGUCGCCGGAAUGA